AACAAAUAUAAAUGUAAAAUAUUAAAAGUAAAGUUUAUACAUUAUUGAGCAUUUUCGUUUAUUGACACAUCACAAGGCCAACAAAGCCCAAGGCAAAAAUUGUAAAAAAUAUUGUGUUCGACUUCGCGAAACAAAAGCCUUUCGAUGAGAAUGGUACGCCCAAAUCGUCGCAAGGGAAUCGAGGAGGUUUAUGGAUCCAAGAUGGAUGCAUUGCAUCCGGUAAAAUCAGUGGCAAUAUCCCAUGCAGGUAUGACCAAAACAACCACAAUGCGAGCUGAAAGAUCGGGUCCGGGUGGUGGUGUUGGCGGUGGAGGAACCAUUAGCUCCCGGCAACAGGAUUCUCGCACGCAGCGCAGUUUUGUAACCGAAAACGAUUACUAUAUCACGACCAAUCUUCCGCUAACGGCGGCUAAUUUGCGGAAUGCCCCCAGCUCGAUGACGCAGGCAUCGCCAUCGCAGAUGAUUCCCGGUCACGCCCAGCCGUCGCCCUAUAAUGCCAUGUCCUCGAGGCGAAACAAUAUGGCCAACAAGGCCAGUGCCCGUCAGCCGCCGAUGAACAAGAUUGUGCAUUUUGGCCAAGCCGAGAGCAAGAUGAACAAUAGUGGCUAUAAUAUGUCCAAGCCAAAGGACGGUUAUCGAAUGCAGCAUCACGGAAAGGGAAAUACCCAGAGAAGCAACUAUCCCAUGGAUGAAAGUGCCGAGUUUUCCGACAAGGAGCUAAUGCCUCAGCAGGGAAAUAUGGGAAAUAUGCGUCGUCACAAUCAGCAUCAUGCUCAUCAGAUGCAAAUGCUAUCCGGGGGAAUGCAUCAUUCUCAGCAGCAUCCACUGCAGCAUCAGCUCCAUCAGCAGCAGUUGUCCAACCACAGCCACCUCAAGCAGCAGCAGCAGCAACAGCAGCACCACCAACAUCCGCAUCCCCAGCAUCCGCAUCAGAAGCACUUGCGUGGACGACAGCCGAUCCCGACGAGCAAGCUGCACGUGAGUACAGCCGAUGACGAUGAGGAGAAGGACGACGAUCCCGAGGAGUUCUUCGAGCUGAUUCGCCAAACCGUUCAAACGGCCGUAGGAAAUACCAUUUCGGAUGCUCUAGUCAAGAACUUUCGGGAUCUGAGCCAUAAAAUCGAUAGGUUCUCGGGCGAAUUGAAGCAAACAAACGAAAGCCUGGACAAACUGCAGGAACAAGUCAACAGCAAAGUAGCGUUCUACGGCGAGGAGAACUCCCGUCACUUCCGCUACUUGUGCAUGAAGUCCGAUUACGAUAAAAUGUUCUAUCAGCAUCAAUCGCUGAUGAAUGGCAAGCCAAAUCCAGACAUGGCCAAUCUCUCGAAGGCGAAUUUAGCUGCUGCAGCAUCGGCCAGCAAAAACUUGGGAUGCAAACCAUCUGAGAAUUUGAGGCAUAAAGGGGGGAAAGGGGCAAAAAAUCAUGGCAAAGUUUCCAGUGGCACAAAGAAAGAUCACAUCGAGACGCAGAAGAGUACCGGUGCCUAUCAUACCAAUCCAAAGCUUCAGCAGUCGAGUAUUAUAGGUAACAAAACAUCUUCGGAUCACAGUUUAGAUAUAAAAUCCUCUGACAUGGGCGUUCGCGUCGUCCUGGAUCACAUUCAACGCUACUGCAAUCAGGUGCAGCUGAGGGAAAUGGGUGGCCAAAUGGCUGCUGAUCAGCUGCCCAGUUUAGAGGACAUUUUGAUAUCUAAGAAAAUGUCCAACGCAGGAUCUUGUGAGCAGGGAGCUAAGAGUUCCCGCAACAUUGCAGGUUGUCAGGGUGAUAAAAAGGACGAAGACACCGAUGGCGGAACUCCUAUAGACAGUAUGGAUGAGACUUACACUGAAGUUGAUGACAUCCAGUUCUCCUCGGACAUCUCGACCUGCAGCGAUGAUGACGAUUGCGGUCUCAAGUAUCCAAAUGGAGCAAUCACAACCCGGGCCAAACCCAAAUCGAAUCGAAGGGCGGCCAACAAGGGUGCCGGAGAUGGUCAGUAAAGUUAAUGAGCUAUACAUAGAUUAAUAUUUAUAACCCGGAUUAGACAAUUCAAUUGACAUUGAGGGAUAAGCUACCCUUUGCAAGUAAUCAUUAAACUUAUUUUAUUAUUUUAUUUGGAAUGCCAUAAAAUCCUAACGUAAAACACCAAAAAUAGUGAUCACAGAUUUUGGAAACAUAUCAAAAACCAAGUAUGGCUCGUAUCGUGCGUACAAGUAUUUAUGUAAUUUAUUUUAGGGAUCAUGAAUAUAUACGUUCCAAAUUUA